UUUCAAUAAACGCGACUAGCUGAGUUGAACGCGCUGAUCAGCGAAGAAGUUUGUCCAAUACUCGGCUUUUUGUUUGCUUAUUUCGAUACCUCCGCAGUUUGUUUGAGUGGUCGCUUAAUCUAGAAAACCUCGUACAUCUUUAAACAUGGCGAUGAGUAAGUUUUUCCCUGUUGCCGCUGGUUAUAUGUCUUUCUAGAGCUUCUGCUAACCACCCCACUAUGUAGACAUCGACAUGUCGCAGGGUACGUUGUAUUUGUAUACUCCGUCAAAAAUUCCUUCAAGCUUAUAAUGAAUUAAUAGCGUCUGUGGUGAAGGAUGAGCAAGGCAGACCUUUCAUCGUUGUCAGAGAGUAAGGAUUUAUGUUCUUUCUGUUUAAAGCCAAAGUACUGAAGAGGUUACAGUCAGGGAAGGAAGAAGAGACAACAUGGAAAUGAGGCAGUCAAAUCACAUAUCCUAGCAGCAAGGACAGUAGCCAAUAUUGUCAAGACCUCCCUUGGUCCACGAGGCCUGGAUAAGAUCCUCAUUUCCCCAGAUGGCGAUAUCACAGUUACCAACGACGGUGCUACCAUUUUGGGACAGAUGGAGAUUCAGAACCACGUUGCGAAGCUUCUAGUCGAACUUUCCAAAUCUCAGGAUGACGAAAUCGGUGACGGUACAACUGGUGUGGUAGUUUUGGCUGGUGCCUUAUUAGAACAAGCCGCCGAACUUAUCGACAAGGGAAUUCAUCCUAUUCGGAUAGCCGACGGGUACGAUCAAGCUUGUGAUAUUGCUGUUGCGGAGCUGGAUAGAAUUGCCGAUACUAUCGAAUUCACAAAAACACAGAAAGAGAAUUUAGUCAAGGUCGCAAGGACAAGUCUGGGAAGCAAAAUCGUCUCCAAGGCUCAUGACCAAUUCGCAAACAUUGCUGUUGAUGCUAUCCUAUCUGUUGCUGACUUAGAGCGCAAGGAUGUUGACUUUGACUUGAUUAAGGUUGAUGGUAAGGUUGGUGGAUCUCUUGAGGAUUCUUUACUGGUUCAAGGUGUUAUUGUCGACAAGGACUUUUCACAUCCUCAGAUGCCCGAUGAGGUUCGAGAUGCCAAGAUCGCUAUUCUCACAUGUGCAUUUGAACCACCCAAGCCAAAAACCAAGCACAAGCUCGAUAUCACCUCCGUUGAAGAGUUUAAAAAACUUCAAACAUAUGAAAAGGACAAGUUCACCGAGAUGGUUCAACAGAUUAAAGAUACUGGUGCCAAUCUUGUUAUAUGCCAGUGGGGAUUUGAUGAUGAAGCAAACCAUCUUUUAUUACAAAGUCAAUUACCAGCCGUGAGAUGGGUUGGAGGACCAGAAAUAGAAUUAAUCGCCAUUGCAACAAAUGGUAGAAUCGUACCAAGAUUUGAGGAUUUAUCGGCCGAGAAACUCGGAAAAGCUGGAUUAGUCAGAGAAAUGAGUUUCGGUACGACUAGGGAGAAGAUGCUGGUCAUUGAGGAAUGUGCAAACACUCGUGCCGUCACAGUUUUUGUUAGAGGAAGCAACAAGAUGGUAUGUCAUACUAAAUUAGAAUACCUACGUCGUCGCUAACAGUAGAACAGAUCAUCGAUGAGGCCAAACGCUCUCUUCACGAUGCAUUAUGUGUUGUUCGUAACCUCGUUAGGGAUAAUAGAGUUGUCUAUGGUGGUGGUGCGGCCGAAAUCGCAUGCUCCUUAGCCGUCGAAGAUGCCGCUGUUAAAUCACCUGGUCUUGAACAAUACGCUAUGCGUGCUUUUGCCGAUGCCCUUGACGCAAUUCCAAUGGCUUUAGCAGAAAACUCUGGUCUUUCACCGAUUGAAACUUUGGCCUCCGUUAAGAGUCGACAAGCUACCGAGAAGAACACAAGACUGGGUGUUGAUUGUAUGCAAACCGGUAGUAAUGAUAUGAGAGAUGCUUUCGUGAUCGAUCCAUUGAUCGGUAAGAAGCAACAGUUGAUGUUGGCAACACAACUUUGUCGCAUGGUAUUGAAGAUCAAUAAUGUCAUCAUUGCUGGAAACGACGAGAAUGAAUUUUAGAAGGGGAAAAUGUACCAUAGUAUUAUGAGUGUUGGUGAUUCUGCUUCAGGAAACCGCAGCUUCCUGAACAGGGAAUACCUCGCGUAAUCCAUUGGCCGCUGUACCGCUACCCACUAUACAGCCGCUAGCCUCUUAUGCCUGGAGACUUCUGUAUAAAUCCAAUGCUAUUGCCAAUAUCCCUCUCUGCUCUGAUAUCUUUUGGAUUCUUCUUCCAGCUCUUCAUUUUCUCUUUCCACCUAUCAUCCUAGAUAUUGCUGAUCCUAAGAAAAUUGCGGAUGAAGGUCUCCCCUAUUUGAUUGUAUAUU